AUGGAGUCCUGGGCUGGAUCCCUGGUCCCUCAGAGCUUGGGCUCCAGGAAGGGGAAGGAAAACCUGGAGCCUAAGAAGCCCCAAGACCUCCAGAACCCAGGACCCAUGAACAAGGACAAGAGAGAGGACCAGAGACUAAGGCACGAAGAACAAGAGGGAAAGGUGCCACCCCAGAAAUGUCCCAGGAAACCCCCAGAGAGGCAGCUGCACGAUUGCAAGGAACUGACGGAAUCCUGUGGCUUUCUGAGGGUGAAGUGUAAGGACUGUGGGGCCUUCGGACACACGGCCAGAAGCCGAAGGUGCCCCAUGAAGUCCUGGGCCGGAUCCCUGGCCCCUCAGAGUUUGGGCUCCAGGAAGGGGAAGGAAAACCUGGAGCCUAAGAAGCCCCAGGACCUCCAGAACCCAGGACCCGUGAACAAGGACAAGAGAGAGGACCAGAAACUAAGACCUCUCCCGCAUCCUCUCCAGGCCUGCACCAUGUCACCUCACCCGUCACCCAGCCCUGGUCCGGGCCAGCCCCUCAGAAUGGUCUUCAGGAGAUUGGACAACAGCUGGUGGAGCUCCAGGUUCGUGACGGUUCCCUCAUCCCACCCUCCUGAGAAGCCAGCCUCUCCUGUUGAGAGCCCUCCCGUUUUAGGGAAGUCUGAGGGACGCUGUCCCCGUGUCGCUGUGAGCGUCUUGUAUGAAGACCUUCAGGUUUCCUCCCCCUCUGAGGACAGUGACCAGGAGUGA